AUGACAGUGCGGGCACGCGUGUGGAGGGGGCUGCUGGCAUUUUGGCACUUUUGCGGGGAGUUGCUGAGCCAGAAGCAUGGGGUGGUUGAGUCUAUUGGAGAUGGCUUUGCAUGGUGGGCAGGAAUCUGUUUCCGUCACCCGCUCAAAGUUAUAUGCGGGUCUCUUCUCGCAUGCAUCAUUCUGUCGACAGGGCUUCUUCCGCCCACCCCUAUUUGGGUUGACGGAGCAGAGCGUCUCUACACGCUGCCCUUCUCUCGUGCUCGAGACGAUGGGAUUCUUCAUGAAAAUCUGUUUGGAGACGUCCAUGGCAGGAAAAGUGUUGUUAUUCUUACCCAUCGCGUCAAAGGCACAAAUAUCCUGACUUGGGAAAACUUGGAGGAGGUGAGACGCAUCGACGCCAUAAUUCAGGGAAAGGACACAGACCCAGAAAUGGGGCGCAAGUUGGUCAUCCCGCGCUCGCCAGAUGUCAUUUCAAAUGUGAGCAAAAAUAGUCCAGAACAAGGGGGGCCGGCAGCCCCCGGUCAACAUAGAGUGACGGAUGAGUCAGCUUUUCUUACCUUUGAGGAUGUGUGCCUCCGGAACGCGUUGGGCGGCUGCUCGGCUGAAUCAAUCCUAUCGUUUGGCUUAUCAGACUACAAGGCAGCGGGUCUUGUGACGGGAGAGCCAGAAGUGUGGCUGUUUGGCGGCACCGCUUUCAACGUGCAGCAAGUGGCGUUCAUCCCGGAGUAUUACUUGGGAGGCUUCAAAAAGGAAGCAUGUGAAAGACGAAUGCCUCGGGCCGUUGCAGAGAGGCUCCUUCCUCCUUCGGCUGUUAGGGAGCUGCCCACCCCUGAAGACGCGUUUGUGCUGGGUUCUAUUGAAUGCAUCACUUCUGCUAGCGCUUUCAUGCUACACUAUGACGCCGACGGGCGGCCCAUGCAUGAAGAAAGGAAUGCGACAUGGGAGCGGCUCCUCAUUCAAGUUCUCAAGGCAAACCAGACCUUGGGAAAUCUUCGAGCUUACUUUCAGGCUUUCCGAUCUCGAGACGAUGAACUCAAAGCUUCUACCGCAGAAUCAAAGGACGUGGUCUACGUUGUGUUCACAUUUUUCCUGCUCGCCAGCUAUUCCACGGCUCUCAAUUUCUCAUGUGAUCUAUAUCGCUCCAAGCUGUUCAGCUCACUAAUGGGGUUCUUUGCAGCGUUUAUGGGACUUGGAGCAGGGAUGGGCAUUGUGUCUUACAUGAAAGUGGCAAUGGUACCAACAGUUCUCAUCUGUCCUUUUCUGGUGUUGGGAAUAGGUGUGGACGACGUGUUUGUGUUGUUAAAUGCAUAUUGCAUGGGCUACACUACCCACGAUCCGGAACAGAGGUGCAUUGACACGCUCAAGACGUCGGGUCUGGGUAUCACUAUCACAACCCUGACCAACCUUAUUUCCUUCGGAGUUGGCUCAUUCAGCACAUACCUCUCAAUCCGGAACUUCUGUGUGUACAGCGCAAUGGCUCUCUUUCUUGGUUACGUAUUUGUGUUAACAUUCUUUUUUCCUGUUCUCUGUCUUGACGCAAAGAGAGAGUUUUAUUCACGCAUAUCCCCUUUCUGCCUGCCAACGACGUCGCAGCUCCACAGAAAGCUGGAAGACGAAAUAAAGCAUAUGGGGCAUGCUGAACUCCAAGUCCAUAAUGUGCUGAAAUCGGUUUCUCAGGAGGAAAUUGUUGCAUACAGAGUAAAAGUCUUUUUCGAAGAACAGGAGUUGAGGAGGAAGAUGAGGCAAGAGGAACGCGAGCACCGGAAGCUCGAGAGACAGGACAUUGAGCAACCCAACACAAAGCACCAUUUUCCAGCUCGUGUUGCAGCUUCUGUACAGAGGAUCUUAAAAUACACGAUUUCCCAGCACCUAAACGUGCAUCAAAAUGGAGAAGAGGUGGUUUUGAAAACGACUGUGCGUGGUCUGAAUCCACAGCUCGCGAGGCACGCGCUGUACGAUGAGCCUCGGGGCUCUGUCGGUCGCAGGUGGCGGACAUUCUUUUUGUGCUACUACGGGCCCUUCUUGAUGAGAAAGCCUGUGAAGAUUGCAGUUCUGGUGAUAUUCUUGACCAUUGCAGCCGUUAGCAUUUUCGGUUUUUCCAAGCUAGAGUUGGGCCUUGAAAUCUCCGAGUUAGCUCCCGUGACGUCGUAUAUGAGGCGUUUUGACGAAAUAUACGCGGAGUAUUUCAACAAAUUCGAUCAGCCAACAGAUAUAUUUUUCCUUCCGAGUCCUGCGGCCACCAGUGGACAGAAGCAGCAAAAUGAGAAAGCAAAUGACAUUGACCUUCUUAAUCCCGAUGAGUUUCUUGGAAAGGGCUACUCAGAAGCCUACGAGCAGAAGCAGCAACAGCAGCCACAAACUCCACAGUGGUGGAUGCCUGAAGUGCAGGCAGCAUUGCGUCUUGCACAUCACAGAAUAGCUUCAAGGCCUUCAACUUCAAGACUUAUCAACCCACUACUGUCCAUGCUCGAUGAUCCUGAGAUAGGACCGAAGCUUCGUCAAGGCGACAAACAGAUAUUCUUAGACACAUUAUAUUACCAGCUAAUGCAGGCAGGAUCUCCCUAUCGUCAGUUUGCUCUUGACUUUGUCUGGAGUGGGUCCGAGCUGAAGACAUAUCGAAUGCGUUUGCUACCAAAGUACAUGGCAAGAUCAGAGCAGCGGGCGUUCUGGAUGCAGCAGCUUCGACAAGACUGCGAUGCUAUGGCAAGCCCCGACGUCCUUUUAGACAGCAUGCUAAAGGAAACGGAGAUGCAGGAACUAUCAAAUGACCCUGAAGAGCUCCAUGAGCAGCUGAAGCUGCAGCGAGACCUCGAGAAACUGAGAAAUGCGCCAGUUGCGCCCCUCAAUAUCGCUUCUUACACCUAUAUGAUGGUGUUCUACGAGAGCGAUCUGGGUAUUCUUAGCUCCGUCCUCAUCAACAUGCUGUCUGCAGGAGUGGCGAUGUUGCUAGUGGCAUUUAUUCUGAUUCCAGAGCUUAGCGCAGGUCUGUUGGUGAUUUCGAUGAUUUGCCUGAUUGACUUGGCACUAUUCGGCUUCAUGUAUUUCUGGCAUGUGAAGUUGCACAUGGUGUCAACAAUUGCUUUGGUUAUUUCGAUUGGAUUUGCUGUCGACUACUCUGCUCACAUGUGCCACUGUUUCACGCACUGCUUGGGAAAGACUCGCGACGAGAGGGCGAUAGAGGCUCUGGUCCUGAUGGGAAACCCCCUUUUUCAUGGAGCGUCGUCGACGUUGCUGGGUAUCUUGCUGCUGGGAUUUAGCGAAUCCUUUGUCUUCACUGUCUUCUUCCGCAUGAUGGUCAUGGUGGUUUUGUUCGGUGCAGCUCACGGAAUGAUAUUAUUGCCCGUGAUUCUAUCAUGGUUAGGCCCCAUGACUGGGGGCCAUGUGGAACCUCAAGUGGGAGAUGUGUGCAGCGAACUGGAAGAAGAUGCAGAUAGCCAAUCGAUGCGACACGAUACAGGUACAGCAACUGCCGCAGGUCCGGCGGAAGAAGGGAAUAUUAACGACGCCACGAGGGUGUCCGUACCACCUCCAAGUCUUUCACUCAAGCCAACCAGCUCCAAGCUAGGAGCGAAGGGUCCCUCAUUAAGUAAUGCUGCAAGCAGCAACAACACAAGCGGCCCUCUCAGCUCACUCCUGACAAUUCCGUCUCAUCGAACCGGUUACAUCGGCACCGUAGAGAGAAAGCGAGAGAACCCCAGCUUCAGCGGCAGCCCCAUGAGACGCUCAAAGUCAGCUGCAGCCUCAUCGAGAACUGCACUUGGGGACACCCAGCUGCAGGGGCAAGAUUUGUUCCGACAUGGCUCAAUACUUACACGAAACGAGGUGGCUUCAGCCAGUAGAAGCCGCGAGAGUAAGCAGAGAGCCCACAGCACAAACGACGGUCGCUCGAGGUCCCACUUCCCAUCACCUCCGGAAGCGCACAGGAGGGCCCGCCGGCCUAGUUGCACUACAGGCUCCCGAAUAGGCGACUCUUUUAUCCCACCUGCUACGACAAGCCAAGGCCAGCAGCAAUUGCCUCCAACAGCAACGAAGGGUCAAAGUGUACACCCGAAGCAUAGAAGCCAGCAAAGCAGGCAGCUAUUACCACCUGUCAAACACAGGACCACUAGCACUGGUAGCGAGAGGCGCUCAUCGCAAGAUAUCUGCCGGACAGGCAGCGCCAGCGGCCCCACCAAGAAUACGGUGAGAAGCCACACACAUCAGUAG